AUGCGCCUGCGCGGCCGCGACGUCGCGAUGACCCCCGCCGCGCUGGCACCACCACGGGACAUACGCAAGAAGCCCUCGGUCAAGGCCGGCAAGCUCCCCGUCAGGCCGUGUCCGCACCACGGGUGCGUGGCCUUCAGCCCGAUCAAGGAGGACCACUGCACCGGCUGCGGCAAGCCCUUCUUUCGCGCGGGGAGGGCGGGGCGCAGCGGGGGGCCCAGCCGCGCCGCGCGGCGCCUGGGGACGCAGGGCAGCACGCUGACGCGCAUGCUGCAGGCGUCGACGACCAAGCCGGACAUCACGGUCAUCCCGGCUCCGUCGAGCGCCGGGUUCGACGCGCCCAUCCGCGUCGCACGCGCCCUCCUGCGGCACGUGCUCCGCCUGGACCGCGGUGACUCGUUCUCGCUGCUCGACGCCGCGAGAUUCGUGCGCCAGCAGCCUCGGGGGUCGCUCCUGCACGUGCCUGGCGACGACGCCGCGGCGUCGCGGUAUCUCGCGCGUCACGAGCCGCUCGUGCGCGCGGUGUUCAAGCCGGCCACGCAGCCCGGCCUGAGCGGCGGGUGCGCUCUGCUGCGGCAGCUCGCCGAGCUUGCGAAGGAGCUGGGAGUGUCUCCCGACCUCCCGCGCGUCCGCCUGCCGGCGUCGGUGCGCGUCGGCGCGCGGCAUCCGGCGACCCCCGUCGUGUACAACGUUUUCGACGGCCACGUCGGGCUCAUGGAGCGGAUCGAGGUCGCGCCGAUGGAGGAUCGCGUCUCCACGACGCACGCACCGGCGGCGGAGGGGACCACGACGUCGACGGGCGCCCCUCCCGCGGCGGCACGGAACGUCAACGCCCCGCCGGGGCCGCGGCCGCGGCGGUGGAAGCGCAAGACACCGCAGUGCGGCUCAGCGGUGCGCUGUCGCACGCCAGACGGCGAGGGGUGCGUCAGGGGCGUCGUGCAGCGCCUGUGGAGCACCCCCGGGGGUCGCAGGAUGGCACGGCUGUGGGCGCUCGUCGAGGGCAAAGCCACGGUCCUGGGUUGCGAGGCCGCGCGUGACGAGUUGUUCCUGGCGCAGGAACUCGUGACCGUCUGCCUGGACGACGGCGCGACGGUGCUGAACUUCGACGAGUUUCCGGACUGGAUGCCGGCCUCCGGGCGACGGAGCAAGCGCAGGCACGCCCGGAAGCGUAGCCGGCUGACCAUGAGGCUGCGCUUCAGGUACGUCGCCGCGCAGGGGGUCUUUCGCGAUCUCCCGGCGCGGGAAGCCAUGCGCUUCGGCGAACCGCUGCCCUCGGGCGCAGCGUUCGGCGACGCCGCGGCCCGCGACGCCGCGAUCGCCGCCUCGGACGACACCGGCAACAACCAGGCGAUGGGAGCCCGGCUGCGGGCGAUGGACGUGUGCUCCGGCGCCGGGGGGCUUUCGACGGGCCUCACAGCGUCGGGGGCGGUCUCGGUGCGGUGGGCGGUCGAGAGCGACGCGGCCGCGGCCGCCGCGUUCCGCACCAACCACCCCGCCGCGGUGGUGUUUGAGGAGCGCUGCGAGGACGUCCUGCGGCGCGUCGCGGCCGGCGGCGCCGGCGGCCACGGCGACGGUGCCAGCGGCGGCGGCGGCGGCGGCGUUGCGCCGCAGGACGUCCUCCCCGCGCGGGGCGAGGUCGCCCUGAUCUGCGGUGGACCCCCCUGCCAGGGGUUCUCGGGGCUGAACCGCCACCGCGGGGCCGCGCAGGCGAUGGGCAACAACGCGGUGACGACCACGUUCCUGUCGCUGUGCGAGGCGUACCUGCCGCCGUUCGUCCUGCUGGAGAACGUGCGCAACCUGGCGACGCACGAGGGCUUGGACGGCGGCUCCACGCUGGGCAGGGUGCUCCGCUGCCUCCUCGAGCUCGGGUACCAGGUCCGCUUCGGCGUGCUCGACGCGUGCGCCUACGGCACGCCGCAGAGCCGCAAGAGGCUGGUCGUCAUCGGCGCCCUGAGCGGCCGCGCGCGCCUCCCGGCUUGGCCCGCGCCGACGCACGCGUACGCCGACGCCGAGCUCACACUGUUCCCGACCAGGCCCGCCGUCGCGUGCCGCGCCCUGCCCCCCGCUGCCGCGGGGCUCCGCGCGGCCGUCACGGUGCGCGACGCGAUCGGAGACCUCCGUGGAUGCAGCGACCCGGGGGGGGAGGCCGCGCCGUACGCGGGGCCGCCGCAGAACGACUUCCAGAAGGGCGUGCGGCGAGGGUGCGGCGAGCGGGUCCACGACCACGCGUCGCGGCCGCUGCCGGACCGCCAGCACGCCGAGCUGUUCGGAGACGCAUCAUGCCAGGCCCGCAGCAAGAAGAGGAGGAAGAGAGACGUGCAGCGGCCGAGCCCCCUCGCGGAGCUCGCGGCCGUCGCGCUGGCCGACGACGGGGGCGCGCGGUCCAAGCGGCUGCUGCCCGACCAGCCCGCGCAGACCAUCACCACGGACCCGCGGGUGUCGGCGACCGUCUGCCGGGCGCUGCAUUACGAGGAGGACCGCUACGUGACCGUUCGGGAGUGCGCGCGGCUGCAGGGCUUCCCGGACGGGUUCCGCUUCCACGGCACCCUCACGGAGCGGCACCGCCAGGUCGGCAACGCGGUCCCCGUGCCGCUCGCGCGCGCCCUGGGCGUCAGCUUCGGGGAGUGCGGCUGGGCGGUGCUGCCGUGCGACCCACGAUGCGUUUGA